UCUCUCUUUCUUUUUUUCCAGGAGUGAAGUUUUUCUCUUAUUCUACCAGCAUGUUUAGCAUGUGCCUGGUACCCAUCAUCAUCUUCAAAACUGGUGUGGGUGUUGACAGCCUUCCUUUGCAAAUUGCCUUUUACAGUAUAGUUGGAUUCUUUACGUUCAUAACGCCUGUUACUCUGCAUUUAAUUACCAAGGGCUACAUAAUCCGACUGUAUCAUAAGGCUGAAACGGACACCUACACAGCCAUUACAUAUAAUGCUAUUCUGGCAGAAAAGAAAACUGUGUUCCAUCAAAAGGAUGUGAAGAUUCCAGAUAUCAACAAGAUGUUCACAACAUUUUAUGCUAAAACAAAAUCAAUGCUUGUUAACCCCUUGCUUUUCCAAUAUCCUCAAGAUUAUAGCCAUCUUAUGGGCUAUGACAAACCCUUCACAUUUGACUUGGAAGAGUCAAAAACUUCUACUGAUGACAAAUAGAAUUGUAAAUUGUCAGAAGUCUGUAUUUUUUAAAAGGUUGUUUGUCUAUAUGCAGGCAUUUAGAAUUUUUUUCCACAGAAACUAGGUUUUUAAAAAUCCCAUUGCAUUUUUCUCUGCACUUAAAAACAGAUUGUUAAUUCAAUUAAACAUUGGUUAACAUUGCUCAAACUGCUUCCUGAAGGGUAGCCUAUUGCAGCAAAAAUAACAAAGUUUUGUGACACCUUAAAGAUGGAAGAAAAUAUUUUGGCAUAAGC